UAUCUUUUCAAGAUACCCCAGGAAAUUAAUUGCUUCCAUUAUUUGGCAGCUUCGUAUAAGCAGUUAUUUGGCAUAGUAUUGUCUUUUCACCUCCCCACUUCAAGGGAAAACACAACCUUCAGCCGUCCAACUCCUCCAGCAAGGCAACGAGGUCUCCUAGCUCCAAGCUCCUCGCCAUUCAGCCUCACAGCAUACAGUCGGACUACCUCCAGUUCUACUGUUCACACAAAGCUGUGGCUUGCAGGUGAGUGUGGAUACAAGCAAUCCACUUACCCCUCCUUUCCGCACUGGCCGGUCUUUAUGCAAAAGCCUGGGCUCUUUUUCUGGCUGUGGUGCUUGGUCGUUGGCUUGGGAUAUUUUUGUCAAAACCAAUGGGUGUCGCUAUCACCUAGCAUUAUCGAUUUUGCUACCCAGUCCCUCCGAAUUGAGCUUAGGACUUGGAACAGGUCUCUAAAGGCGAAUUCGUGGCUUUCGACACUUCAAGGCUACUCGAAACCAUUUCCGCGCCUUUGGCCAUCUCCCUUCAGGAUGGUCGCCUCCGAGCAGAGAGGGCAUUUCCGCCGCCUUCAGAAGUUCCAGCCUGAAUAUUCCGUGAAUGAGUUCACGCAAUACGAAUCCGACAGAACGGGGAUGAGAGUGGUUGUUAUUGAUCACAAGGGACCUAAACUCGCUGGCUAUUUUGUCCUAGCAACCGAAAUCCACGAUGAUUCGGGCUCCCCUCAUACUCUCGAGCAUUUGUGCUUCAUGGGAUCUCGGAACUACCGUUACAAAGGAUUUCUUGAUAAACUUGCCACAAGGGCUUACUCCAAUACCAACGCAUGGACGGCAACGGACCACACGGCUUAUACGCUGGACACCGCUGGAUGGGCUGGCUUUUCCCAGAUCCUCCCAGUCUACCUAGAGCAUGUCAUCGCUCCUACCCUCACCGACGCAGGCUGCUAUACAGAAGUGCACCAUGUUGAUGGGACAGGCAAUGAUGCAGGUGUGGUGUAUUCGGAAAUGCAGGCUCUGCAAAAUAGUCAGUCUGAAUUAAUUGAUCUGCAAGCUCGACGCCUGCUUUAUCCAGAAGGGAUUGGCUUUCGAUAUGAAACUGGUGGUAUGUUGGAACAGCUUCGAUCCCUCACUUCACAGAGAAUACGUGACUUUCACCGCGAGAUGUACCAGCCAAAAAAUCUUUGCCUUAUAAUUACUGGUGAAGUGGAUCAUGAUGAUCUGUUGGAGAAAUUGAAUAGUUUCGAAAGUACAAUUCUUGAUAUUGUUCCCGGCCCUGAUGCCCCAUUCAAGCGUCCAUGGGUCGAGUCUCGACAGGCCCCUCCUCUCAGGGAAUCAGUUGUGCAUACGAUUGAAUUUCCAGAAGAAGACGAAUCUUUUGGCGAGAUAGAGAUCAGAUUUCUAGGUCCGGAUUGCACGGAUCCAAUUCAGGGUGGUGCCUUGAACGUCAUCCUGCUUUAUCUCGCUGGUUCUUCAGCAACAGUUCUCGAAAACAUCCUGGUUGAAAAGGAACAGGUUGCGAGUGCAGUAUACUUUUCCACUGAUGACCGGCCUCAAAUUGAGAUUCGGUUUACUCUGACAAGUGUAGCGACAGAAAAAUUAGCGCAGGUUGAAAAACGGUUUUUUGAGAUUUUAGAUGAAGCUUUGGAGAAACCUCUCGAUAUGCAAUAUAUGAAGGAAUGUAUAGAACGCCAGAAACGAAGUUGGAAGUUUUCCACCGAGGCUUCCGCUGUCCCUUUUGCGGAAUAUGUCAUCUCCGAUUUCUUGUACGGUAGAAAGGACGGAUCGACUUUACUUGAUAUCGUCACCCUCCGGGAAUAUGACGAAUUGGCAACAUGGAAUGAAAGUCAAUGGAAAGACUAUAUCAAAAAAUGGAUUUCUGAUGCUCCUCAUGUGUCUAUUCUGGGUGUUCCCUCCGCAAAACUCUCCGAAAAGCUCAAAGCUGACGAAGAAGCGAGGGUGGCCGCACAGCAAAAGAAGCUUGGCGAGGAAGGACUCAAAGAAAUGCAGAAGAAGUUGGAUGAAGCCAAGGCCGAGAAUGACAAGGAAAUUCCAAGGGAUCUGUUGGCCAGAUUCAAAGUACCGUCCACAGACUCGAUCCAUUUUAUCUCAACUACAACAGCAAAAUCAGGGUCAGCAUUGAAGUCAGGAAAACCAAGCAAUCACAUUCAAUCAAGAAUUGAUACCGAUCAUCUGGAAGCGCCACUCUUUAUUCAUUUUGAGCACAUUCAAAGUAACUUUGUCCAAUUAGCUCUCCUCAUCUCUGCUGAAAAGGUACCUGUCCAACUUCGGCCUUUAUUGGCUAUAUACACGGAGGCCUACUUCAACAGUCCUAUUCAACGAGACGGCAAAACUGUUUCAUUUGAACAGGUUAUUGUUGAGCUCGAAAGGGACACAGUGGGAUACUCAAUGGAAGGUGCGCGAGACUUGGGAAAUUCGGAGAUGUUGAGAGUUACCUUCCAAGUGGAAGUAGAGAAAUAUGCAACAGCUAUUGCUUGGCUGAAAGAGCUUACCUGGAACUCAAUAUUCGACGUAGACAGGCUCAAGGCUAUCACAACAAGACUUCUCGCAGAUGUUCCAGAUGCCAAGCGCAGUGGUGAUGACAUGCUUGCCGCCCUUUACGUUAUGGUUCAUUAUGCACCUGAAUCCAUUGUUCGAGCACGAAGUACGCUUGUCAAGGCACGCUAUUUGAAACGCAUCAAAAAACUGCUUGCUACUCAACCCGAAGUUGUGGUUUCACAGAUGGAAGAGAUUCGCAACAGCCUUUUCCGCUUUGAGAACUUCCGUGUUGUUGUUGUUGCUGAUUUAGAGAAAUUACCAGAGCCUGUCUCGUCAUGGAAGACAUUUGUCCAAGGGUUAGACGAAAGGAAGGAUCUCGCUCCCAUAACGAAUCGAAAGGCAUUAUUGAGCGAGGCUGGAAAGAACAUAGGAGGGCUUUCUUAUGUGGUUCCAAUGCCUACAGUCGAUUCGUCUUUUGCCUACGCUACUGCCAAGGGAUUGGACUCCCAUGACCAUCCCAAAUUGCCAUCUCUGCUAGUUGCCAUCGCUUAUAUGAAUGCGGUUGAAGGCCCUCUUUGGGUCGCUGUUCGCGGAACUGGACUUGCCUAUGGUACUAAUUUCGGACAUAAUAUCGACCUUGGAACAGUCAACUUUGACGUUUACCGAUCUCCAAAUGCUUACAAAGCAUUCGAAGCCAGCAAAAAGAUAGUGGAGGAUCAUCUAAGCGGUGCCGUAGAAUUCGACCCAUCGAUGCUAGAAGGUGCAAUCAGCAGUAUCGUGGUUAGUUUUGCCAAUGAGCAAGCGACUCUCGCAAGCGCUGCUCAGGGCAGUUUCGUUCGGCAAGUGAUUCGAAACUUGCCAAGCGACUAUAAAGAACGCAUCUUGAAGAAAGUGAGGGAUAUCACUGUUGAUGAGAUUAAGGAGGCUCUCAGAGAUAUUAUCCUGCCUUUGUUCAACGCAGAGAAGUCGAAUCUAGUUGUCACUUGUGCAUCCGUACUUGAAGAGCCUAUUAAAAAGGGCCUUGAAUCAUUUUCCUUCAAACCAAAAGUCCAGCUUCUGAAGGAGUUUGAGGAUGACUACGGUUUGAAAAUAGAUGGUGAUGAUGAAGAGGAAGAGGAAGAGGAAGAAGGAUCAGAUGAAGACGAGUCGGACGAAGACGAAGAGAGUGAGUCCGAAGGUGGGCAUUAGGCGUAAUUGAGAAAUGAGUAAUGAUAUCUAUAGAAGCGCAAUAGAUAUGCUGAUACUUGAGAACCCAUGCUCAAUACUAUAAAGCAGUCUAUUUGCGCUUUUUUGUUCCUUACAUAGAGAAGCUAUAAAUAGACUUCCCAAGGAUAUACCUCUUAGGGUAUUUUGUUCAUGGCCAAUAUCUGAAAUGAGAGCCC